AUGCUCUGGUCAGUUAAUUUAAUUGAUUUGAUUCCUUUCAAAUUAGCACUUUGGCAAUCACAGAUAUUAACUAUGGUUGAUUUAACUGGUCCUGUACAGUCGUUAGAAGUAAAGAGUUGGAUACUUGUGGCAGAAACUAAUGUCGAUUAUGAACUUAGCAUUAAUUCAAACCUCAAGAAAAUUUAUACAUACGGCAAUGCAAAUAAUGGUGCAAAAUCUUAUUUUUUCAUUAUUGAAUUGGUUAUUGAAUUGGAAGUGCAAUGA